AUGUGGAACCAAACGAUCGAUGGGUUCAUGAUCAAGAUGGGAUUCAAGAAGUGCGAAUCGGACCACUGCAUCUACAUCAAGCGAGACGACCAAGACAUGAUUCUCGUGGUGCUCUACUUCGAUGAUCUCAUCCUGGCCAGCAGCAACAACGAACUACUCAAGUCGACAAAGAUGGCGCUGAGCACACGCUUCGAAAUGACGGGUCUCGGUGAGCUCGAUUACUUUCUCGGCAUGAAGAUCAAGAACGACCGUAAGACUGGAAUGGUGACUGUGCGACAAACCAAGUUUCUCAAGUCCGUGUUGACCAGGUUUGGAAUGGAUAACAGCAAGCCAUUAAAGACGCCUCAAGGUCCCGAUCUGAAGCUCACCAAGAACAUGUGUGACCAAGAAUGCAAGCACGAAGACACCAUGUACAACGUGCCAUAUCGAAGUGCUGUCGGAGGCAUCAUGUAUCUCAUGGUCGCCACACGUCCGGAUCUAGCUGCUGCAGUCGGAUCACUAUCCCAGUUCUCGUCCGACCUAUGA